AUGGAUAAAUUUAUUGAUCCAUCGACUGUAUACACUCCAAAAGAUAUAGCGGAAGACGUUUUGAAAGUGCAUGAUGUUGCGCUAACAUACAUGCAGGCCUGGAGAGCUAAAGAAAAGAAGCAUGUAUAUUGUAGGCCAAUUGUAGUUGUUGAUGGGGCAGCUUUGAGAGGCGCAUAUGGUGGAACAAUGUUGACUGCAAGCACUAUGGAUCCAGAAGGUCACAUACUUCCACUUGCUUAUGCCAUAGUGGAUUCUGAGAAUUAUGCAACAUGGACCUGGUUCUUUGAACAGUUUAGGAAAGCAUAUGGAGAAAGGGAAAACAUGUGUUUUAUGUCAGAUAGAAACGAGAGCAUAUGGAAAGGGACUGCAAGAGUAUAUCCUGGAUUGGAACAUUUUGCUUGCAUAUGGCACUUAUGCUGUAAUGUUUUGAAGAACUUCCAUAGGAAUACUGAAGAUUUGAAGAAGUUAUUUUUUACAAUGGCAAAGAUUUAUACAAUACAACAAUUUGAGGCGAUUAUGCAAAGAAUAGACCAGAUAGAUCCAAGAAUAAGAGAUUAUUUAUAUGAUAUCGGGUAUAGCAAGUGGUCAAGGGCGUAUUCAAAAUAUAAGCGAACAUGGACCAUGACUUCAAACGUAGCCGAAUCUUUGAAUAAUGUUAACAAGAUAGCAAGGUGGUUGCCAGUGAUUUCACUUCUUGAAUUUAUGAGGGUAACAGUUCAAAGAUGGAUUCAUAAGCACAAUGAUGAGGCUGCAAAAAUUAGAUCAGAGCUUACAAAAAAAUAUGAUCUUGUGCUCCAGAAAAGUAUUGCUUUGUCUAGCAGUAUGAGGGUAAUACCAUCAACAGUUGAUAUGCAUGCUGUUGUUGAUGGACCAAAGCGGUACAUAAUGAUAUCUGAUUGGAAUUAA